CAGUAGCAACAGGAUACCGAUAUCCAAGUACAGACCAUUUUCCUCCUAAGUUACAGACCAAACAGCUCGAGCCAUGGCCACUCCCAGCUUUGCCUUGUCCUUGCUUUUGCUCUUCCUAGCCAUGCCCUACCCUUCCCUCUCAUGCCCAGCUACUCCUUGCGAAUGUGAGCUUAACCUGCAGUUGUAUUUGCACCAGAUUGUUCAAGGUCAACCAAACCAUAAUCAGAUAGUAGUAACAGGUCCACCAGUACCCGAGCCAGCAGGGUUUGGUACGCUGGUUGUUAUUGAUUGGACUGUAAUUGAUGCAAUUCAACCCAAUGCAACCAUCGUUGCUCGUGCAAAAGGCAUGGCAGUGCAGGCUUCUAUAGGGGUUUCAGGCAGCUGGUUUAAUUAUUUCAGCCUGGUGUUUGAGAAUGCCAGGUUCAGUGGAUCAACACUUGAGGUGAUGGGGAAUUUUUAUGAUCCGAAGGAUGGCCAGAUGGCAAUUAUGGGCGGCACAGGAGAACUUGUUUCGGCACAUGGCGUCAUCAAGUACAAAAAAGUCCAGGAAACUAUCGGUCUGGAUACCUACAGACAGUUCAACAUCAGUGCAUUCUACGCCCCAUCUACUGGGUAUACAUGUGGCGCUGCCCUCCUGUGAAUCGUUCGAAGUUUGUGUGACUAGCAAACCCAUAAGGGGUAUCUGCGACGAAAUUUAGCACAUGAAGUUGUUCUUGUGGCCGAUUAAAAUAAUAUGUGGAUUUGUAUCAUAGGGCUGCUGUCAUUAAAUCCUAAAAUCCACGUUUCAUAGUAUGUUCCUGGUUUUGUAAUCUAUGUGUCCCUAUGAUUUGUUUCUUACCACAUGUGUGUGUAUCAAAAAAUAAUGAUGUUUCUUUGCUGUCAUCCUAUGAACCAUUCAAAGUUUGUGCUAGCAAACCCAUAAGGGCCAUCUGCGACAAGAUUUAGCACAUGAAGUUGUUCUUAUGGUUGAAUAAAAUAAUGUGUGGAUUUGUAUCAUAGGGUUCUUAUUAAAUCCCAAAAGAAUCCAUGUUCCACUGUUUGUUCCUUGUUUUGUAGUCUAUGUGUCUGU